AUGCUUGUCCGUGCCGCGCUUCGAACCUCCCGGCUCUCCUCCCUCGCUACUGCCCAAAGGCGAUUAGCAUCCUCUUUGGUCUUCCUAGAGCACAAGAAUGGGAAAUUGAAUGAUUCCAGCUUGAAUGCUGUGACUGCUGCUCAAUCGCUUGGAUCAGAUACCGCCGGUAUAGUAGUAGGAUCUAAGAGCGAUGUCGAUGGUGUCCUCGAGGAGGUCAAGAAGAUUGACGGUCUCACCAAGAUCUACACUGCUGCUUCCGACUCCUACGCCCAUUCUUUAGCUGAGAAUGUUGCGCCCCUUCUUGCUUCAGUAUUACCAGCCAAGAACAUCUCUCAUAUUUUUGCCGCCCACACUGCUGUGGGAAAAAAUGUUUUCCCUAGAUUGGCUGGUUUGCUCGACUCCUCUAUGAUUGCCGAUAUCGUAGCUCUCGAAUCUUCAGGAGACGUCUUCACCCGACCCAUAUAUGCUGGUAAUGCCAUACUCAAAAUCAAGUCUUCGCCCAAGGAUAAAUUCAAGAUCGUCACAGUCAGAACUACUGCGUUCGACAAAGCCAAGACUGGAGGUGGUAGUGCUGCCGUAGAGGAAGUUGAAGCUGCUUCAGGGGAUGCGUCAACCAAAUACGUGUCCGAAGAAUUGACCAUCUCCUCUCGACCUGAUCUCUCUUCUGCAUCUCGAGUCGUAUCAGGUGGUAGAGCUUUGAAGUCACAGGAAAAUUUCAAUAAGAUCCUUGAUCCUCUUGCUGAUGCUCUUGGUGCCGCCGUUGGUGCUUCGAGAGCCGCUGUAGAUGCUGGUUACGCAGACAACUCCUUACAAGUUGGACAAACAGGAAAAGUCGUUGCUCCUGAACUUUACGUUGCUGCUGGUAUCUCAGGUGCUAUCCAGCACUUGGCAGGUAUGAAGGAAUCGAAGAUGAUUGUAGCUAUCAACAAAGAUCCAGAUGCUCCAAUCUUCCAAGUUGCCGAUGUGGGACUUGUAGCUGACUUGUUCGAAGCUGUACCAGAGUUGACUAAGAAGGUCGAGGGUGCUAAGGCAUAA